UUUUCAUUAAACAAGACAAGACACCACGAUGAGUAUUCAAAAGUUCCGCAGAGAUCGGAAUCAAUCAGCAGCUCCACAGGAGCUGAGUUUGGCUGAGAUGGGAAAAAAACUUUGUGAGGCAAAUAUGGUGGUGAAACGUCAUGAGGAGGAACUGAAUUCAGUCAAACAGAGUUUGACGGAGGUGAACACAUUUUACAAAUUGAGCCUCAGAAAAGCAGGUUUGGCUGCAAUGGAACAGUUUUAUAAAGAGAAACUCCAAGAAGAAAGAUCUGCACAUAAAGAAACUGAAGAAGAAUUGAAAUCAUUCAAAGACAGAGUGGCAGGAGAGGUUGACAUUGCACUACAGGCCGGGAACUCUGAAAACAUGAACAACCCAGUGAAUGAAACCAGACUGAAAGAGAUGUAUAAAGAGCUGAGGAAGGACUGGGCUAGAAUCAAGCCUUAUCUGCAGAAAGUUCACAGCACCCCAGAGAGAAUCAAAGCCUGGAUUCAGCGCAGCUUUCUGUGUGGGACAGGGGAUAUGGAACAGAAGAAGAAACUGAUAGAGUUAGCAUUUAACCUAAAUGCAGACCACGCUCAAGCAUCUCAGAAGGUUCAUGAAUACACGAACCUAACCCUUCACAACCUUCAGCUUGCUUUUUACUACAGUUUCAUAGACACUGCUGCUCAGGGGUUCCAUGGACAGGAAGGUGAAAUUUGUGAUGCUAGCUUGAAUAACCUCCUCUCGAAGUGCCGCUGGCUGAGCGGUUUAUUUGCUUUGAACAACCCUCCUCUUCAGCCUGACUGGAUAAAUCAUCAUCCCGGGCAAGAUGCUUGGAACAUUUUCCCACAAGAGAUCACAACUGAUUUUGCCAUGUCACCCUGCCAGGGCCACUCUGCAAAGGUCCUUAAAUGUCUUAGCCCAUUACAGGGCCCAGACAUGAGCGAUAGUGAUGACCUCUAGAACAAUCUUUGUAGAACAUGUCUUCUAUCCUGUCGUCCUUCUCUCACCCCGACUGGUUGCGGCAGAUGGCCG